UUAAGCUCCAGAGUAACUUUGAAUCGGCAAAUUUUAAUUUUUAAUGUAAUUUUACUUCAGACUUGCUUACAACAACUGACAAAGUUGUUGUGGUAACCGUAUUUCAAAACAAUGAAGUGGGCUAUGGAUACGUCUACGUAUUAGUCUAUUGGUAACUAUUGCACCAAUACACGUUAUUUUAAAGUGAAUCGCAUUCAUGACGAUAUUACUCAAUUAAACAUUCAUUCAAUUUAAUCAAUAAACAGCCGAAGGAUGAGAUUACAUACGGUUACCACUGGAUAAUUCAACAGACGUAUAAUCGUGCAUAGAAAGGACGGACUACUCUCGCUCGUGUUUGGAAUUUGUUCCACGUAUUUGGAUCCCAACAUGAGGAUCCUUCUGACUGGCGGCGCCGGGUACCUCGGUUCCACAAUGACGCCCAUGUUGCUCGAGCAGGGCCAUCACGUGACCAUCUACGACCUCUUCAUCUGGGGUAUAAACCCGUUACUUCCGGUUGCCAGCCACCGGAACCUAGCCAUCAAGCGCGGCGAUAUCAGGGACCGAGAACAGCUGGCAUCCGUCAUGGCGGACAAGGACGCCAUCAUCCACCUGGCAGCCAUCGUGGGUUACCCAGCCUGCGAUAAGGACCCGGAUCUGGCCAUUAACACAAAUAUCGUCGGCACUGAGAACAUCACAGACUUGAAAACACCAAAUCAGAUUCUUGUGUAUGCCAGCACAGGGUCCUGUUAUGGCGCAGUCGAUGGAAUAUGCACCGAAAAUACAGAAAUAAGUCCGUUAACGCUGUACGGUAGCAGCAAAGCAGACGCAGAAAAGAUGGUACUGGCUGUCGGGGGCACGGCCCUACGUCUAGCGACAGUGUUCGGACUAUCCCCGAGAUUGAGACUUGACUUACUGAUAAAUGAUUUAACGAACAAAGCGCUAACAUUAAAAGAAUUCGAUCUCUACGAAGGGAGCUUCCGCCGCACAUUUUUGCACGUGCGGGACGCUGCGCGUGCCUUUAUAUUUGCCAUCGACCACGCUACAGAAAUGAAAGGCCAGGCCUACAACGUUGGGGACGACCAAAUGAACAUGACAAAAUCUCAAGUAGCACGGCUUAUCCAACGAAACGUAGAGGGUUGUAACAUCACGGAGUCGAACACCGGUGUGGACAAGGAUAAGCGGGAUUACGAGGUGUCGUACGCGAAGAUCCGGAAGUUGGGCUACACGUCCACGAUAACGGUAGAGGAGGGCAUUCGGGACAUGCUUAAGAUCUUACCGCACAUGUUCGAGGCCGAUUCGAAAAGAUAUAAAAACGUGUGAACAUUCAAAAAAAUGGAAAUUGACAAUGUACACUUUAACCAUUAUUGACCAAAUCACCCGCGGUCGGAAUUCAUAUUUCAAUCCAUACUCGUUUUGCAAUGUUUGUUAAUGCUUCAUAUAUUUAUUUUGCGCCCUUUGUUGAUCUUCGACUGUUGACCUUUUUAUUUUUCCUUUUAUAAAUAGACCAAUUAAUUGUGUUUACUUUUCAUCGUACUUUGUUAUAUUGCUUGAUGCAUUGAACGCAAUUUAAAUUCAAUACAGUUUUGUUUCCAUUCUAAAUUUAAAGUUAUUCGCGGUACUUUUUCCUUCGAAAUAAGACACGAAUUCGAGUCGCUUAUUCUAAGGUCUGUAUUUCAAUGACUCAAGAAAAUUAAGGUGCCAGGACUAUCUGAACCAUCAUGAAAAAUUGUAAGUUUGUAACUAUUUUGAACAUACAUACUCUGCUUCUGCUGAUUUGCGGCGAAACGUCACGUGUCGCUUUGGCGUAGUUCUUUUAUAUUAUGACGUAAUUUCCUGCAUAAGUUUUUUACAUACUGUAUAUUACAUUUGACAUAUAAAAAUGCAAAGCAUUGCAUUUGUGCAUCAUUUUCUCGACGAUUAAUGGCCAUUGAUUUACUCAUGUUUCCAAAGCAACGUUGGAUUGUGUUGCGACUUAUUUUGAUAAUCAUGGUCUGUGUUUAAAACAUGCAUCAUCACUUUUUAUUCAUUUAUAUUCCUUAUAGGUUCUGUGUUAAGCAAAUCAAUGAAAUUAUUAGCUAGUUGUAGUAUUGAUAAGUUAAUUUGCACGUCAUUUGUAUAAUGUUCUUUCGUAGCGACGUCAUGUGAAUGACGUUAAAUUUAGUAUUCAAAAUGCGCAAUACAUGGUCUCACUUGUAAACACGUUUCAUACGCAAUAUAAGUGAUAUCAACAUGAAUAUUUCAGAAUUACUUCCUCAAAUGUCAUUCAAUUCAAAUGUCCCAAAACAUACUAAUAGCAAAUAUGUCUGAAGGCCUAAAAUCGCGCGAUGCGGCUCAAAUGUAAGUGGCCAUUGCUCAUUAUCAACUUUUGAUGUAUACGAUCUUUCACUCUCGUUUUUUUCCUGAGCGUUUUGUUUGUUCGACAAUACAUGUAUUUCGAUUUUGACUAAAAUGUUGAAAUGACCCUGUCCAGACCACUGACCCCAAUUUCUCGAAUCUUCUUAAAUCCAUUAUUACAGA